CGCUCGCGGCGCGCGCCGGGCCGCCAGACUCGGCCUGUGGGCGAUUUCCUCCGGACCCCGGCUCCCCGCCCGAGGAGGAAGAUGCAGACCUUUCUGAAAGGGAAGAGAGUUGGCUACUGGCUGAGCGAGAAGAAAAUCAAGAAGCUGAAUUUCCAGGCCUUCGCCGAGCUGUGCAGGAAGCGAGGGAUAGAAGUCGUGCAGCUGAACCUUAGCCGGCCAAUUGAGGAGCAGGGCCCCCUGGAUGUCAUUAUCCACAAACUGACCGAUGUCAUCCUCGAAGCCGACCAGAACGACAGUCAGUCCCUGGAGCUGGUGCACAGGUUCCAGGAGUACAUUGAUGCCCACCCCGAGACCAUCGUCUUGGACCCCCUUCCUGCCAUCAGGACCCUGCUGGACCGCUCCAAGUCCUACGAGCUCGUCCGGAAGAUCGAGGCCUACAUGAAAGAUGACCGGAUCUGCUCACCGCCCUUCAUGGAGCUCACGAGCCUAUGCGGAGAUGACACCAUGCGGCUCCUGGAGCAGAAUGGCCUGGCGUUUCCAUUCAUUUGCAAAACCAGAGUGGCUCACGGCACCAACUCGCACGAGAUGGCCAUCGUGUUCAACCAGGAGGGCCUGAACGCCAUCCAGCCGCCCUGCGUGGUCCAGAAUUUCAUCAACCACAAUGCCGUCCUGUACAAGGUGUUCGUGGUCGGGGAAUCCUACACGGUGGUCCAGCGGCCCUCGCUCAAGAACUUCUCUGCAGGCACAUCAGACCGUGAGUCCAUCUUCUUCAACAGCCACAACGUGUCCAAGCCAGAGUCGUCAUCGGUCCUGACUGAGCUGGACAAGAUUGAGGGCGUGUUCGAGCGGCCAAGCGACGAGGUCAUCCGGGGGCUGUCCCAGGCCCUGCGGCAGGCGCUGGGCGUGUCACUCUUCGGCAUCGACAUCAUCAUCAACAACCAGACGGGGCAGCACGCCGUCAUCGACAUCAAUGCCUUCCCAGGCUACGAGGGUGUAAGCGAGUUCUUCACAGACCUCCUGAACCACAUCGCCACCGUCCUGCAGGGCCAGAGCGCAGCCACAGCGGCCGCGGGGGCCGCGGCGCCACUGCGGCACAGCAGGCUCCUGGCGGAGCAGGCGGACAGCCUGGCGGGUGAGCGGACGUGCAGCGCCAGCCCCGGCUGCUGCAGCAGCAUGAUGGGCCAGGACCCGCCCUGGACGGCGGAGGUGGACACAGCUGGCGUGGGUGCAGGCGGCACCGCCAAGCUGCCCCACCAGAGACUCGGCUGCACUGCCGCUGUGUCGCCUAGCUUCCAGCAGCAUUGUGUGGCCUCGCUGGCCACCAAGGCCUCGUCCCAGUAGCCACGGAGCCCAGGACCCAGAGGGCGGCGUGGGCCACGGAGCACACCCACUGGGCGAGCAGCUCCCAACGGUGACAUCCUACUAAGAAUUCCCAACAGUCUGA